AUGGACAAGCUCCCACAGCGCUGGUAUCAACAGCACACCACGCUUGGAGCCUGGGGCGUGGGCCGCAGCAGGGUGCUUCUUGGGCUGAAGGAGCUGCAUAUUCCGCCAAUUAGGGGAAAACAUUCAGCUGGAGCAUGGCGGACGGGAGUGGCAGCAAGUGGACGGGGAAUCAACACGGCUGCCGUUGCUGUGAAGGCAUGGUGCAGGCGUGGCGGAGGGGGGUGGCAGCGAGGCAUGAUGGCACAGAAAGGGGGGAGGGAGGAUCAGGGCACACAAGAGGUUGUGAGUGGAUCAGCGACCGGUGGUUGCGACUGCAGGAGUAGCAGCAGCGGCAUUGGAGCAACCAGGAGCACGGGCAGCGGCAGGGCGCUGCUUGGAGCGAAGACGGAGGGGGAGCGGACGGGGAAUGGACGAGAGGCAACCAUUCAGCGAGGAGGUAACCCGGAUGCGUGCAUGGCAUUCUAUCUCAGUCCCUUCUCCAGCCUUCGUCUGCUAUCUCAUCCACUCCCUUGUCUCUUCUUGCUCAGGCCUCGCUUCCUCUUCCUUGCCUUUCUUCCUCGCCUCACCUCCAGCACUCGAGGGGCAGUGAUCGCCACCAGUGGCUGCAGCAACGCAGGGAUCACCAGUGGCUGCAACAGCUGCGGGAUGAUGGCGAGCACACAAGGAGUUAAUGAUGGGCAGGCCAGCACGCAAGGAAUAUCAGACCAACACAGCAGGAGCACCACGCCUGGAGCACCACGCCUGAAAGCAAUGGCGGCACCUCAAGUGAAGGCAUGGCGCAGGAGUGGGCGAGUGGCAGACGGAGCGUGGUCAGGCUCCAGGGCGUGGAGUGCGGUGUGUUUCGAAAACUUGCCUGUGCGUCGGUGGGAUGGGGACAACAUCCGCUGCUUGCUUCUCGAAGACAAGAGCACUCAAAGUGGAAGUGGAUGCAGCAACUGCGGGAGGAUGGCAAGCACACAAGUACUUCACCUUUUGUCGUGCACCAGCAGCAUGGACAGCAGCAGCAGUGGUGUUGGCAGCAGUAGUUGCAGCACACGAGAGACCACCUUCUCAGCGUUGACAAUUGAAACACGGCACAGAGCGGAGUGCUGUGGUGUGCAGCAGCGGAGCUGCAGCAGCAGCUGUACCAAGUCAACUACUCGGCUGCAGUAUGGGAGGGGCGUAGAAAAG